AUACAGCUAUUAUUGAUGACUAUUAUUUCCUUAUUAAAAUUGUUAUGCCUAAAAACUCUUAUUUGUUCCAAAAUUUUAAUUUUAAUAGAUCUAAAAUUCGUCAAGUGAUUUAAAUAAAACGUGUACGGAAACUGAACAGUAACAAAUAGAAGACUAUUUACAAAGACAUUCCAGAACUAACAAAAAAAUUUCUUUUUUCGUAACUUAAACUACUAGACUUUUUCAAAUAUCUUUCAAUCACUUCUGCGUAAGAGUGUACCGAUCCUGCCGGCGUUCCAUUAACAGUGUCUCGGUAGGAACUAAUUCAAUUGUACGCGCUAUCCCGGCUCGCGCAGUUUUUACCUCCCUUCUGAGGUCUUUCCUGAUUAUAUAUUCAAUAGGAACUAAAAUAUUUUGUCAAAUUGAAUGGUAUCAUGUGACUAUUCUUCUCAUAAUCUCCUGGUUCUUAGCGGUUUUAAUAAGUCUUGAGAGUGGCAGAACUAGGAAAGUACGAAAACAUAUAGACGAUGCAUCUUGUGGUGAUAUAAGUGGUUUUGUUGUGACUAAUAUGAACCUCCGGAUGCAACUACUAGACUUCGUUUGUGGUAAUGGGCUAAAGAGAAGUGAAGAUCAUGAGUCAAGUGUAGAAAUUGGCACUGAAGAAACAAGUUAAAUGAAGUCGGCAUUGGAUGACGAAAGAGGUAGUAAUGGUUGAACAAAAGUUUUUGCAUCUACGACAAGUGGUAAAAGCGAAUUUAUUGUGACGAAAUUAACGUGUAUCUCAAUCGUACAGGUUCAAAGAAAAUGGCGGCAAAAAUGAAACAUACAACAAAAACGAAUAAAAACAUCAAAUAUUGAACAAUGAAGACCAUUUCUAUCAAAUGACAUCAUGAAAUUUAUAGACAAGUUCAUAAAGCUAGACUAUAAACGGAUCCCUGCAUCCGUAAUGUGAAACAUGACAUCCGUAUUCAAAAUGGAUGCAAGGACAGAAGACAAGAAAAUGGCUAACAAAUAAAUCAUAAAUAUUGUAACAGAAGCAUUGACAGUCCACAAUGAAUAACCAAGAAGGUUCAAUACAAAAUAUGACAGUACCAAGACUAUGUUCUAAUGGAUGUCAGGACGCGUCGAGAAUAAUUGAAAUAAAACCGCCGGACCCCAACACUACGUUCUACCAUCACUAUAUCGAUAACAAUACCGAUUCCGAUUUCAAUAUCGAUAUUUUUAACGAUACCUUCAGUGAUACGAACUGUACGUUUAAAAAUGGAACGUGUAGUGACGUGGACUACAACUAUUGGGCGUUGUCGCUGCUCGUGUUUCCUGUACUGACAUUAUUCGGUAAUGUUCUAGUGAUAUUAAGUGUUUCGAGAGAAAGGAGUUUGCAGACAGCUACGAACUAUUUUAUAGUCAGUCUCGCUGUCGCUGACUUGUUAGUUGCUGUUGUUGUGAUGCCGUUCGGAGUUUAUUAUUUGUUCAACGGCGUGUGGGGUCUGCCGGCGGUGGCGUGCGACUGCUACAUAGCCAUCGAUGUAAUAUGCUCAACGUCAAGUAUAUUCAAUUUAGUCGCUAUAUCUGUUGACAGAUACAUAGCCGUGACGCAGCCAAUAAAAUACGCGAAGCACAAAAGCAACGCGCGGGUCUGGUCUAUGAUAGGGGUGGCUUGGCUGGUCUCCGGCGCCAUCGGGUCUCCGAUCGUCCUUGGUCUGAACAACACGCCAGACCGGAGGUCUGACGACUGCCUCUUCAACAACAAGGAUUACGUGAUAUACUCCUCGCUUGGAUCCUUCUACAUACCCUGCAUCAUUAUGAUGUUCUUGUAUUAUAAUAUUUUUAAGGCAAUAAGAAAAAGAGCGAAAAAGCAGAGAAUAGCCAAGAAGACGUCCGCGGCGAUCAGCUCAGCAGUCUCCAGUGGAACAGCAGCUGUGGUUAUAGAGAACGUUGCUCAGACGCAGCGCCUCGACGGGUCAUUACAAGAUGCUCCCACUAACACAGCCUCAGGAAGCAAUGAGGAUGAAGAUGAAGACAACUUUGGAAGAACAGAGAUGGGUGCAUACGCCGAAGAGCUAGUCAACUCCAGAUCAGCCAGGUUCAUGUUGGCUGCUGUGGUCGAAGAAACAGGACUGAUAAUGGCGAACCUCGCAUCUCCGAUCCCGAUGAUGGAUCCGAACACGAACAACGACUCGGGGUACGCACCUUCCAACAUGGAUGCCGAGAAGGAGCAUACCCCACCAGCAUCACCCACGCAAAAGGAGAAAGACGAGAAGAAAGCAGAGGAUAAGACUGAUGCGCCAAAGAAGCCAGAAUUGAAAAAGAAGCUCAGCCGUCUAAGCAACAGCUCGCUGAUCUCGACUCCUCGGCGUCGGUUCAGGAGUGCGGCCUCCGCAGCCAGGUUCACCAUCUUCAGGGCCAACAGAGCCGGCAAGCUGAGAGCCAAGUCCUUUGCCAAGAAAGAGAAGAAAGCCACUCAAACUCUUGCUAUAGUACUUGGUGUAUUCCUCUUCUGCUGGGCACCAUUCUUCUCCUGCUCGGUCCUCGACGCGAUGUGCUCCAAGUUCGGUCUCCCCUACUCCCCUGGGGUCACUGUCUUCAUCCUCACGACGUGGCUCGGCUACAUCAACUCGUUCCUCAACCCCGUCAUCUACACCAUCUUCAACCCUGAGUUCAGGAAGGCGUUCAGGAAGAUACUCAACUGCGGAACCUAGCCCUUAGAUUACUACGUAGUUUAUGACUAAACUUGGAUCUAGACUUCAAUCCUUAAUUCUUCAACAUUUCAUUUUUCCUGCCACAGAUUAGUGAAGCAAUGGAGUGCUACAAAAUUACAACUACAAAAACAAAAGAGUGUCUUUUCUGGAUAAUCCGUGGAGACUUGUAAAAUAGAAUAUUUAAAAUGCCGUUCUAGGAAAAUGCAGCAUAAACAUUUAUAAGUGAAAACAAGCUUGCAAGCAACCGACUUUUCAACAACUAUAAACUACAGCUAUCAAUUUUAAUAUUUAACGCAGUCCUUCGGGAAAAAUAGAGAUGAACAAUAGACAAAAACUAAUUUAAGAGGGGAAAAACAUAAGAAAAGCAAACACGUCCUAUAUAAAACAUGGAUAAUUGCAUAUCCAGUAUACCAAAGAAUUAGUCUAAUGAAGCAAUGAAAAUAUACUCUUCAAUGUCAAAAGAAAGAAAAAUACCAAAGGAAACUAGUCAUAAUUUAUUAUAUGAGGAAAAAAAAUGCUAACCACUCGUGACUUUUUGAUGCAUGGUGCCACAGAACAUGGUCAUUCUAUACACCAUCAUCAUGGAAUAUAUGUAAAGUCAGUUGACUUUGCUAGUAUAUUUUCUACAAAUGUCAAAAAAUAGCACUCCAUUGGAUAAGCGUCUGACUUUCUUUUUUAAAACACAGUAUAUAGUAAAACUUCUGUUCAAAACUCAAAUUAUUCAUAUUUUUAGUAGAUUUUAAA